AUGUCGACCGACGAGGCAGGGGAUUUCCUGCAGGAUCUGCUAACGAGGGCGGGCACAGGCGCGGACGCAAACAUGUCGAUCGGAACGCACAGUUGUAAGGCGACUCUCCUCACAUGGACGACGUGGUCACCCAUUGUGACCUUCAGCCCUAAGGAGCAGCGUCAUCUGGGACACCAUCUCAAGAGGGGGCAGAGUACAUUGGCCUACAGUCGUGAGUACUUUGUCACUUUGUGUGGUAAAGUUCUGGGGAUGUACAGGACUAUUAGAAGUGGGAGAUUCAAUCCAGACGAAAGCCCUUCCCAGCGUGCAGUUGCAAUAGCAGAUGGUUAUGAUCGCGAGGCUUCAGGGGAGAUCUCUCCCGACCUGCAGGCGGUCUUUGGUGGGGGGCCGGGAUCUGCGGCAGACCGCCGUCUGAAUGACACUGAGCCCUUCGGAGACUCAGAUGAUGGCUCAGCCUCGGCUGAGUCUUGUGUGGAGAAGCCCGAUGGAGCGAGGAAGCCACCGUCGGGGGGCCGCCUUCCCUUCGAAGCCGAGGACGACCGUGAGCUUAGGUUUGCGUGGGUACAUGUUCAGAGGCGAGUUGCUGAAGAUGUGAAUUUGAUCUUCCGCGGCAGCUCCGAGUCUUUGAAGUACCAUGUUCAUGUGGUAGAUCAGUUCACGACUUGUGACGUCUCGGGGUGCACUAAGUUCGGGCUUGCCCCCGAGUUGCUCCGAAAGAUGAUCGAGGCAGGCUUCGAUACCUUCGGCAAGGUGGCAUUCGCGGCCGGGGCAAAUCCUGUGACGUUGACUGACAGUGCCGUCGACGAGUGGAUCUCAACAUUCGAGGAUCCACUGCCAAGCCCGUUUCAGAUUUCAGUCAUCCGGAGGAUUGUUUAUGAAAGCCAGAAUGUCAGCAUUGCUGACCUAAAGGCUAGAGUAGAGCCGAGCACCGAGGUGCAAGUGCGCAAACUCCCUAUGGCUGAGCGUUUGGUUAGACAGGAGGAGCAGGCCAAGAGGCUGACCGGGCUGCAGCUGACUCCGCACAACUUGCCAGGCCAUGCGCGUGUAGACGAAGUCGUGAGCAUGAUUGAAAACAACACUUUGAAGUACCUGCCCAUGAAUCGCUGGAUUAGCCGAAGUCAGGAGCUCGCUUUGCGCAAGAAUGAUCCAGCCGUCUCGUUGGACAAUGAAGGUAACAUAAAAAUCAGUGGCAAGACCCCAGACUUGACUUGCGACACUUCGGGGCUGUAUGCCCUCCGGCAAGCGUUCCAGAGGCGUGCUUUAGCGUUUGACUUGGCAUCUAGCCACAUUUGG